CUGCGGCCGCGCGCGCGCCCUCGUGGGGAGCCGUGCUCGUGCCCGGCCGCGCGCAGGCCGCGCGCGCGCGCCCCCGCCGCAGCCCCGGCCGCGCCCGCCCCGCCUCUGGCCGCCGGCCCCGGAGCCCGGUCCGCGAGCGGCGGCGGCCGGAGGGACGAUGAGCGGCGCGAGGCGGGCGGGCCCGGCCCGGCUCGCCGCGCUCGCGCUGCUGACCUGCGGCCUGUGGCCGGCGCGGGCGGACAACGCGAGCCAGGAGUACUACACGGCGCUCAUCAACGUGACGGUGCAGGAGCCCGGCCGCGGCGCCCCGCUCACGUUCCGCAUCGACCGCGGGCGCUACGGGCUCGACUCGCCCAAGGCCGAGGUGCACGGCCAGGUGCUGGCGCCGCUGCCCCUGCACGGAGUUGCUGAUCAUCUAGGCUGUGAUCCUCAAACACGGUUCUUUGUCCCUCCUAAUAUCAAGCAAUGGAUCGCCUUGCUGCAGAGGGGAAACUGUACCUUUAAAGAGAAAAUCUCUAAGGCUGCUCUCCACAAUGCAGUGGCGGUAGUCAUCUACAACAAUAAAUCUAAAGAGGAGCCAGUCACCAUGACUCACCCAGGCACUGGAGAUAUCAUUGCUGUCAUGAUAACAGAAUUGAGGGGUAAGGAUAUUUUGAGUUACCUGGAGAAAAACAUCUCUGUUCAAAUGACAAUUGCUGUUGGAACUCGGAUGCCGCCCAAGAACUUCAGCCGUGGCUCCCUAGUCUUCGUGUCAAUAUCCUUUAUUGUUCUGAUGAUUAUUUCUUCAGCGUGGCUCAUUUUCUACUUCAUUCAGAAGAUCAGGUACACAAAUGCACGCGAUAGGAACCAGCGUCGACUUGGAGAUGCAGCCAAGAAAGCCAUCAGUAAAUUGACAACCAGAACAGUGAAAAAGGGCGAUAAGGAGACGGACCCAGACUUUGACCACUGUGCAGUCUGCAUAGAGAGCUACAAGCAGAAUGAUGUUGUCCGGAUUCUUCCCUGCAAGCAUGUUUUCCACAAAUCCUGUGUGGAUCCCUGGCUGAGUGAGCAUUGCACCUGUCCUAUGUGCAAACUGAACAUUCUCAAGGCCCUUGGAAUUGUGCCAAAUUUGCCAUGUACUGAUAAUGUAGCGUUUGAUAUGGAAAGGCUGACCAGAACCCAAGCAGUCAACCGCAGAUCAGCCCUAGGCGACCUUGCCAACGACAACUCCCUGGGCCUUGAGCCACUUCGAACUUCAGGAAUAUCGCCUCUUCCUCAGGAUGGAGAACUCACUCCUAGAACAGGGGUGAUCAGCAUUGCAGUAACAAGUGCUCACUUCUUCCGCCGAAACUCCUUGUCCCCUCAGAGCCUGGUGUAUGAGAGUGAAUUCUCCACAAUUGAACCUUCUUUGGACGUGUAUGAUGAGAACAAAACCUGAGGUUUUUAACCCUGGGCUGUUGGGGGUCACUUCUUUUGUGAUUUGAUUUAUGAUCACCUUUCUUAUUUCAUAUUCUUCUGUCAGCAUCCGUUUGGGAAGAAUGGCAGUGCCUUCUAAGCACAGGUUGGGGGUUCAGGGUUAAAUUGCAAAGUUGUCCCCCAAGGUAAGGCUUUGAGGACAGUGUUACUGCCCCAGGGAGCGGUGGAGUGCAGAAGACCCCCACCCCCAAGCCAGUCACUGUUUUUGUCUGGCUGUUUGCAGAGAAGGGGCGGGGCAGGGGCCCAGGGAUGUGUCACAAACUUGCUGUUCUGUGCCAGGGUGGAGUCAGGGCUUCUUAAAAUACCUUUUGUGAUUCCCCACUUAGCAACACACACUACAACCUACCGGGGAGGCUUUCUAUUAAUGCAACAAGCAGAUCUCCACCCUUA